UCGACUCAACCGGAAGUGACGCAGAACCCCAGAAGAAGAAGAAGAAGCAGUAAAGAUGGCGGAGAGCAGCAGAGAGUUCUCUGAGGACUCCAACAACAACAUGGAUCAGAACGAGGCUCCGGGAGCGUCUCUGAUGGUGGUCAACGUCAAAACACCCAACGGGAAGGAGGAGAUCUCUAUACCGGAGGAUGCUUCAGUCUCUCAGUUCAAACAGGAGGUAUCAAAAAAGUUCGAGGCUCAGCAAGACCAGCUGGUGUUGAUAUUUGCUGGAAAGAUUCUGAAGGAUGGUGAUACCUUAAAGCAGCACGGUAUCAAAGACGGGUUGACCGUUCAUCUUGUCAUCAAGACUGUCCCAAAAUCAACGGGUGACGGCACAUCUCAGACAAGUUCUGCAACACCUCAAAAUAACAGCAGCAGCAACAACGCCACUGUAACAGGCAGAGCGGGAGGUGGCACGAGUCAGACAUCAACACAACCUGCUAAUGCAAUGAGUGGACUCGGUGACCUGUCCGGCUUGUUAGGUAUGGGCAUGCGUUCAUCCAGCUUCAUGGAAAUGCAGCAGCAGGUGCAGAGCCAGCUGAUGUCCGACCCGCAAAUGUUGUCACAGGUGAUGGGCAACCCGAUGGUGCAGAACAUGAUGUCCAACCCAGACCUGAUGAGACAGAUGUUUGCAGGCAAUCCUCAGAUGCAGCAGCUCAUGGGACGGAACCCGGACGUCUCCAGCAUGUUCAACAACCCUGAGCUCAUGAGACAGAUGCAGAGUCCUGAAACGCUGUCUAUGAUGACCAACCCUAGAGCCAUGCAGGCCCUCGUACAGAUCCAACAGGGCAUGCAGACCUUACAGACAGAAGCCCCGGGAUUCAUGUCCAGAUUGUCUCCUGGAGGUCUCCCAGUUCCUCCAGCCACAAGAGGCGGCAUCCCCCCAGAGAGCCCUCAGCCUCCUUCCAUGGCAACAGGAUCCAGUCCCUCCUUACCCACCAGUCCUUCUCAGCAACAGCUCAUGCAGCAGAUGUUACAGAUGUUUGCAGGCGGAGGGCCAUCAUCUCCUCCCUCACAGCUUCAGACCCCGGAGGUCCGUUUCCAGCAGCAGCUCGACCAGCUCAGCACCAUGGGCUUCAUCGACCGCCAAGCCAACCUGCGGGCGCUCAUCGCUACUGGAGGCGAUGUCAACGCCGCCAUCGAGAGACUGCUGGCCUAACUCACUUCUGUGGUUGAGGGGUGGAAGACUGGUAGAGUUGGGGACUGGCGUGGGAGAUUUUAAAGAAGUUAGUACAUGAACACAGUCCUACAUCAAGUCUGACCUGACACCCAGAUAGCCACAGCGGUGUCACAAUCACUUGUUAUCUCUUCAGCUGAUCUGUAAAUCAUAGGAAGGAUAAACGGGGAGAUUGAGGAAGGAUGUUGUUGGUUUCUAACAGAAUUGGUCCGAUGCUAAAUGCUGUGGUAGUACUGCUACUGUGAAAUUGACGCCACGACUAUCACUGCCCCAACCAAUGAGUUACUCCUGCAAGUGCAGUCAGAGAUGAUUUCUGACAUGACAAGUGCUGUCUGCCUGAGGUUACCAAGGAAUUAACUUUUAAUUGUUACUCAUUUUCCCAUUAUUUAAUUUUAACAGAUUGUAUUUAUGUAGUUAGAUAAAGAGUUUUGAAUGAGGUUGUUGUUGCAGUAGAUUGGAUGAUGGCCUUCCGUGCUCUCAGCUUGUUUCCACAUGUUCCUCUUGCCUGGUAUUUAUUUAAAGGUACAGUGUGUAGGAUUCGGCGGCAUCUAGUGGUGCGGUUGCAGAUUGCAACCAACUGAGUACCCCUCCGUUCACUCCUCCUUUUCCAAGACUGCGGUAACGUGAGCCACCAAGCGCAUGCAUGUGUCCAAUUUUCCUUCGGGACAAUAUAGUCUAUCUUAUCUUAAAACCGUGGUAACGCCGUUCACCUCUCUCAGAGGUCAUCCUUACCAUAAUAACACUACUUUAGGAGCAACGGAAGUCGGACGACGGCUGGCCGUAUCAUGGUUUCGCAUUCUGCAGCUCAUGUUACCGCAGUUUCACAGGCGUGUCAGAGAACUACGUUGGCCUUCAGGUAAUGUAAAAACUCCCGCUCCCUACGUAGAUAUGAAGGGCUCAUUCUAAACUAACAAAAACACACAAAAAAAAAAAUUUAGUUUCAGAUGAUUAUAUACUAAUGAAAACAUAGUUAUGAAUAUUAUAUUCCAUUUCUGCUAAUAGAUCCCCCAAAAUGCUACACACUGUUCCUUUCUGUUAUCUCUUCAUGUAAGAUUUUUACCCUGGCAGGUUCUUGACACGUUGUAUUUCCCCCAAAAACACUUCUCAGUGCUGAAUAUUGUUUGUAUGGUCGGUACUGCUGCCUAAGAGAAAGUGAACGUUUUUGGAUUGUAGGACCAAGUUUGUGUAUAUGUGUUUGUAGAGGAGGUUUGAACAAUGUGACAUUAUACAUAGUGAGAGGAUAGAGGACUUUCCAACUGGCAGAGAUUUUGCUAUGUUGAGGUAGAUAUCCAUUUAAUAUCUCUGGUUGUUGUGCCGAUAGUGUUGCCAGGCUGAUAUUGGGUUUACAUGAUUUUCCUCAAGUACAUUUGUCAGGUUUUCCAUUUGCAGAAUUAGCUAAAACAGUCAUUUACAUCUGAUUGUUUUAAUAUAUAAAUUGUUCUACAAUGGAAGUCCCAGAAUCACUUCAGCGCCUUAAAAAAUGACAUAUACCAUGACAGGUUUUUAUUCAUAUCACCCACUCCUAGUAUAGACCGUGUCAUUAGAAUUAACCUUCUCAGCAAACCGGUUUUAUUCAAGUUGAUUUCCUGUCGACUAACAGUGUUUUUUUUGUUCUAAACUAUAAAAUCAUGUCUCUGUGUACUGUCAGUGCCCUGAUGAUACACUUGUGGUUAUACUCAAUAGAAACUGUUAAAAGCCAUUGCAGGGAAUUGUUUUUAAUGGGAUUCAUAGAUGAAUCAAACCCUUUCACAAUAACAAUGUUGUGAAUUUCCACACAAGCAGUGUAGUGCCUAAAUAUAAUGUUGGGUUCUGCAAUAUAUUGCAAAAUAAUCUGUGAAAUCUAAUAUAAGAUAUAAAAUAUAAGUAGCCAAAUAAAAUGUUUUUUUCAAUCCAAUAAAUUGAUUUUUUUUUUUUAUUUAAUAGUUUUGUCUAUUCUAAACAUGUUGGCAAUGAAAUUUGACAGCUAUGUUAUGUUGAAUUUAACAAUUCUUUUAAUUAUUAAAAAUGAAAUGACCUA